CAGACGACUAGUCUUCACCAGGAUAGAAAGCUGAAGCAAUAAGCACAUAACUCCACUACUGGAAUUGGAUUCCAGUACAAAGCAGUAAACUGGCUAACUCUCGUAUAGCCAAUCUCCUACUACCGAAUGAUGAGACUCUAGCAACCUAAUCAUAUUCUAUCUAUCUCAGAUUGCAGCAGGAAUCAGGAAAAGUUGAUCAGACUUCAAUUGACUCAAUAAACAUGCAUCAUUCGAUUAUAAUCAAACAAUAUAGCAUCCAAAACUUCAUACAAGAAAGAUCCUAACUCAUGGAACUAAGGUUCCUCAAAACCUAAGUGAAGGGAAGUUACUCCAUAGAGAAGAGAGAGACUGCAGAAAUCUGAUCUAGAUCUUCAAUCUCCAUCUCCAAGCUUGAUUCCCGAGCUCCAAUGGCGAAGAAAUCCUCCAAAAUAGCUCCAAGAAUGUUCCCAAGUCGCUCUCUCUCUCUAGGGUUCGUCCCUUGGGUGUUUGGGAUCCAAAACCCAACUCUCUCCCUUUCCUUUUGCUGAAAAUCGGGUUUUAAACAGCAAUUCCCGACUCACACGGCCAGGCCACACGGCCGUGUGGCUUUCCCAGCUGCCCGUGUGAAGGCUCGGUGAUUUCCACACGGCCACAUUGCCAGGUCACACGGCCGUGUGGGUUGUGCCCGUGUGGCUUGCUCAGCCUCUGUUUAAUGCUUCGUUUCUCCCUCGUCCGGACUCCGAAUCAGUCGCCGUUUGAUCCCAGACGCUCGUAGUCUCGUCCUCUUUCUUUUCAUGACAAGCUUGCAUGAUGAUUUGUCCAUAAAGUGAGGUAGAAAUCCAUUCUUCUUCAGGUCAUACCCGAGUUUCUUCUCCCGAAUCGUCAAUUGAUCUCUGAUUGACUUGAAACUUGCGCCUAUGCUUCACUUUAUGUGCUAGGACCUGAAAUGUGAAAAAGGAACACAACCUAGCGUAAAAUAGGCCAAAGACACGAUAAUUCAAGCUCAAACAAUCAAGAAACAAAGGGGAAAACAUGUGCAAAUACCGAGUCAUCAACAGUUGUGUCCAAGAAGCCACUACAAUCCCAAACCACAUGUGCUGCUAGUAAGAAUGUUAGCGUGGCUAAGUUUGGAAAGGGGGACAUGUCUCCAUCUCCAUGUAGUGGACAGGGGAGCAUGUCAUCAAACAUGAUGAAUGAAGUGAGUGGCAAGUCUAAGCGGGUGUUAGACACCUAUGCCACCCAUGAUUUUCAUAACUUUGAGAGCGUGUCAAAGAGUGGACAAGGAGGCAAAGCCACUUGUAGCAUGCCACCCAUGAAUGGUCGACAAGGGGGCAUGUCACCAACCACAAACAAUAGACAGAUAGACGUGCCCAAGAAACCACAACAAACUCAAGCCACACAUGCUUAUAGUAAUCAUGAUAGUGUAGCUAAGGAUGACAUGGGGGCAUGUCAUCAAUCACCACUAGUAGGUUGAUAGGUGUGCCCAAUAAGCCACAACAUGAAGCCACACAUGCUUUUAGUAAGCAUACUAAUAUGGCUAAGUUUGGAAAGGGGGGCACGUUAACAAUCAUGAAUAAUGGUAUGGGGGACAUGUCUCCAACCACUAGACAGGGGGGCGUGUCACCGACCAUGAAGAAACAAGUGGGAGAAAAUUAUAUGAGUAUGCAGCACACCCAAGCCACUCAAAAAAUUUCUAAGUAUGAGAGUGUGUUAAUAAAUGGACAAAGAAGCAAGUGCAUGCUUAACAACCCUCAUGGCAUGCCAAAUAUGAAUGGUAGGGGCAUGAACAAGACAUCUCGGCAUACAAAAACCAGAAAUGGUCCUACAAAGAACCAGAGGUUAUGUGGUACGUGUAGAAGUCAGCAAGCCGUAAGGGUUGAACAGGAUCAGGUUGGCCACCAGGGUGGUCAUCGACUUGUUGAGUCCAAACACUCCUCGUCCCAACUAUAUGGGAUGAUUAAGCAUGGUUGGGCGAAACCAAGGAAGAUAAAAACUCGUGGUCUCUUUCAUGAGCCCAAUGAGUUGAGAGUACCUAGAGUACCACCAGAAACGAGACAAACACAUCAGGUUCAUCAUCAACAACCCAACAUGUCUAGUAAGGUGGCUAAGCCAGAGGAGCAGGGGACCCCUUGCAAGCCCACAAAGGCAGGACAUGUUGAGCGAGUACCAUCUGUUGUUAAGUUGGAAAAUUCAAAAUCAACACCAAAGGAGUCGUAUCUCCUUAAGGAGGAGAAACAUGCAAUUUAUGGAUGGUUGGUCUGGUUUAAUUCAUGGACUUGGCAGUGGGUGUACACCUUUGGCACAUUGGUAGUUGCCAAAGGGUGUGGAAAUCAGUGACGUCUAUCAGUCCUUACUAUAUUAAUUAUAUAAAUAAUAGUUAGAAAAAAAAGAGAAAAAGUGAAAAUAGGCCACUCAUGGCUAAAAAAGAAGAUGUCGAAGUAGCAAGUUUUUAUUAGACUUGCGAUGUGAAGACUUUGCCAUGACUGGUAAACAACGAGUCAGGUGGCUGGGUCUAUGGAGCCCCUUACGCUCGUUUGAGUACAUCAUGCCACUUCAUGGCAAGAGUAGCUGACUAGCUAUCCGUCAAGGAUCGUGUACCUUCCAUGCCACCUGUCUAAGGAUGCAUACUUGUUGAAAGAGGAUCGGGUGCUACAUGAUCGGUUGAUCAAUGAAAGUAUCUCAAGCCUUAUGUCCUUUUUUCUUUGGGGCAAGGGGUAUCAACAGGUUCAAAGUUAACCAACCAUCCUGAUGGUAGGCAUGACAUGACACCCUCUUUGUGGACAGAGCUUGCAUAGCUAGCCAUGACACGAAGGGCGUGUUGGGCUAGAAUAGUGGAGGCAGUGAUUGAUUUUGAUCUUUUAAUUAUCAAGGCCAAUGAUAAUUACGGCUGGAUAUGCUGCAGGGGUGGUUUAGUGCGUUUUGUUUUUUUUAUUAUUCAAACCAACGAGCAUUUUUUUAGUGGUGUAGUUGACGUUAACUACUUAGUCCAUAAUCCUUAUGCACUAAGUAGUUGGGGGGCAUUUGUUUACCACUAAAAAAUCACUCAAUACCACAUUGAUUAUUUUCAAGGAGUGGUAGUGAUUUAUAAGGCCAACUUAACCAUAUUAAUUAAAUUGGUUUAGGUUGGGCCUAAAUAAUGGUAUUUUGGGCUUCAUACCAGGUACCUCACACACACCACUUGACCCACCAAAUACCCACCCGUCACACAAGAGGGGUCAAGUGUCAAGCUUGACACCCUUCAACAUCAACCACCCAAGUGGACACCCCAUCAUACUUAGCCAAAAUUUCGCUCCACCAGUCGUCUACUUACAUCGCGGGUAAUUACCCCUAGACAUGAUGUGGCGAAGAAAGCCAAAAUUUGGCAAGUGUUGAGACCCACAGCACAAGGGGGGUCAAGCAUGACAUCAUCCCAGGGGGGUCAAGCAUGAUGUCAUGCAAAGGGGUCAUCGCGCUAGACCAUGAUGGGAAAGAGAGCCAAAAUUUGGCUAAGUGUUGAGACCCAUAUCACAAGGGGGGUCAUGCAUGACAUCAUCCCAGGGGGGUCAUGCAUGACAUCGUCCAAGGGGGUCAUGCAUGAUACCAUCCAAGGUGAGGCGAGUACGACGAGGCGCGAGCUAGCUGUGGUGGCAAAGAGAGCCAAAAUUUGGCUAAGUGUUGAGACCCAUAGCACAAGGGGGUCAGACAUGACAUCAUCCCAGGGGGUUCAAGCACUAUGCCAUCUACCUACCUUGCACCAGGGGGGUCAUGCAUGACAUCGUCCAAGGGGGUCAUGCAUGAUACCAUCCAAGGUGAGUCAAGUAUGACGAGACGCAAGGGGGGUCUAGCCGCCUACUGGGUAUCAAUCAUGUUGGCAAGGGAAGAAGCGCAACGCGAGUCCCUAGACCAUUGUGGUGAAGAAAGCCAAAAUUCGGCUAAGUAUGGAGAUCCAAUCACCAGGGGGGUCAAGCAUCUCACCAUCCAAGGGGGGUCAUGCAUGACACCGUCCAAGGGGGUCAAGCACCGGAUACCACACACUAGGGUGUCAAGCAUGACGCCACCUCAAGGGGGUCAGUGCGGAUCCAUCGAACCCCCAAGCACCCUGGUGUCGAGCAUGACGUCAUGUCAAGGUGGUUAGCACGAGUACCACCAAGCGUGAAGCCUUCACUCAUCAAACAAGAUACCUCCAUGGCACAAGGGGUUAGCUAUCAAGUGGCAAGCACGCAAGACAGUCAAUGCGUCAAGCAAGCUACAUCAAACACCAAGCAGUGGAGCAGCGGUUACCAAGAGGCGGUUGCACGACGGUUACAAGGGAUGGCUAUAAAUAGGAGAAACGAAG